AUGGAGCGGCACCGCCCCGGCCGCAGCCCGCCCCGGGUCUGGGUCCGCGGGGGUUCCCCGGCGAGCCCCCCGCCCGAGGCGCGGCACGUCCCGCUCCCGAGCCCCGCGAGGCCACGGCACGGCCCACGGCCCCGGGCCGCCGCCGGGGCCCCGCGGGGCGGGCAGCACCCCCCCGCCCGGGACACGGCGCCUUGCCGAGGGCUAGGCCCCGCCGUGCUGCCCCGCGCCCGCUCCCGCAGCCCCCGGCUCAACAGUUGCCCCCGGGGCCGCUCCCCGGCGGAGCGUCCCGCAGCCCCGGCAGCUGCGGCCGGGCCCCCGCGCCGCCGCACCGGGGCAGCCCCGGACAUGGAGGUGGCGGCUGCCGCGCUGCCCCCGGGGAAGGCUCUUCCGCCACCGCCCGGCACACGGCCGGCUGUCACCCGCAGCCGAACCGGCACCCGCAGCCGAACCGGCCCCGGGCGCGGCGGCGGCCGGGGCGGGCUGGGGCCAUGCCGCCAAACUCCACGAGCACCCGGCGCCGCCGUCCCACCACCGCCCCGAGAGCGCCGCGCUGCGCGGCCGCCCCGCCCCGCCGCGGGACCCCCCGCACCGCCCCGGCAGCGGCAGGUGCCGCCGGUGCCGGAGCCGGAGCAGCCGUGCCGGGCAGGGCAGCGGCUCCGCCGCGCCGUCGCGGGGCGGAGAGCGGAGCCGCCGCCGCCGCCCGCUGCCCCCCGCCCGGCGCUGUCAGUGCCCGCCGCGCCCCCGCCGCUGUCCCGCCGCAGGACGUCGCCGGUCCCCCCAGCCCGCACACCCCCCCCGCGCCGCCCCACCGCCGCCGCCGGGGGUGUCCCGGGACCGUUUCCAUGGAGAUCCCGUCCGGACGGCCGGGAGGGGGGGUCGGGCCACCCGCUCCCCCCCGCCUGCCCCCGUGUGCCGUGGGUGCGGGGCGGCACGGGCCCGGGGUGCCCGGGCAGCGGGGGCCGGGGUCCAGCGCGGGGCGGCGCGGGGCGGUGGGUACGCACCUGCUUCCCGAGGCGGGCGGGCGGCGGGGGGCGGCGGGCCGGGGCGGGCCCCUGCCCCAGGCGGCGGGUCGGACCCCGGGUGCUGCGAGCGGCGCUUCGGCGGCAGCGGCGGCGGCGGAGGAGACACUGGCAGCGGCAGCCGGAGUGUGAGGGCGAGAGCGAGCCGCGGCCGCGCGGGCUGCCGGGAGCCGUAGUCCGUCUGCCGGGGCCGGGAGCCGCCGAGCCGCCCCGCGGACUGCGGGUCCCGGCGUGCCGCGCGCUCCGGCCCGCGCGGGGGGGCCGGUCCGGAGAGGGAACGGGCGGGCGCGGGGAGGGAACGAGGGAGGGAGCGCGGGGAGCGUCCUCAGCCCCGGUCCCCGACGCCCCGCUGCCCCUCGCCCCGUUGCCCUCCGCCCGGUACUCCCCGCCCGGUGCCCACCGCCGGCCGCGGCCGCGGGAGGGUGGGUGUCCCCGGGCGCAGCGGGGCUGGCCGGUUGAGAGAACGUGGACCCGCCUGCCCAGCCCAGGUGGGCGUGUGGCCCCCACCCCGGCGACGCUGCCGCUGGGUGACCCCCCGGGCCCACCCCCCCCCGUCCGGCUCGAUGCCCCGCGGGGCGCGCAGCGCUGA